AUGCUUGGUGGUGUGAGUUUGGGAGAAGAAGGCAUCCUGACAUUUGUCUUUGCUGUUGUUUAUUUGUCAUUGAAUAAAGGUGGAAAUGAUAAUGAUGUAUCAUCUGCAUCAAGAUAUGGAUCAUUGCAGCAUAUUGGAAGGCACACUAAUGUUGCUGCUGUCUUUGGUCAAGGUGGCAAUAAAAACUUAUACAAUGAAAAGAUUGCAGGAGAGGCUAAAGACAUGAACUUCCACUACAGUGCACAAAAUUCAGAACAUGUAAAGAAGAGUUACAUGCCACCUCAUCUUAUUCACUUUGGAUUCUCUAUGGUUCUCUCUUCCUACCUGCUUUACUUUUUGCAGCUAGAGUCACUUCUACGGCUAUGGGUAGCCAAUCUAUGGAUGAGUUGUCAGAGCUAUCUGGAGCAGACAUGGUUGGCUUUUUAG